UGGCGUUAAACGUCAAGUGAAGUGAAGUAGUGUUGUAUGUUAGCUGCUCUCUUCCAAACAGUUGCAGGCAUUUUACUAGUUUUAUUUGUGAUUCACUACAUUUAUUAUAUAAUAAGAGCCUUAACAAAAGACAAUAUGCAAACAGACGACGCCAAGUAUAUCAAGAAGAGGUGGAAGGGUGGAACCAUUGAGCCCCAUCCGACAGACAAGGCUCUUAUUGUUAACUAUCAACUAGAAGCUGCAGUAUUUGGCGAGCCAGAGAAUCCAAUGCUCGAAGAAAAAAAGGAAUGUCAACGAAUAAUUCGCCUUAAAUCAUUGAACUCGAAAACUGAUCCAGCGGAACUAGCGAAGGAAGUUGUCGAAAAAUGCGACCUAAUACACAGAUCUCAAUUAUCUGAAGUCGAACAGAUAAUUUACUAUCUAAAAAAUCGAAAGGACAAUUAUGGCAGUGAUAUUGCAGAUAACAAUAGUCAAAGAUCUGCUUCUCGAACAUCAGGAAAGUCAAAUGCUAGCACACCAGAUGCAUCCAUUCGUAAUAUAGAUGAAUACGUUGAGCUGUUAUAUGAAGAUUUACCGGAACGCAUAAGAGGUUCUUCUUUAAUUUUGAAAGUAGCAAGAAACCCAGAUAAUUUAGAGGAACUUGAGAAAAAUGAGGCUGUUUUGAGUGCUCUCUCUAGGGUUCUGAGAGAAGACUGGAGAAAGAAUUUAGAUUUGUCUACCAACAUUAUUUAUACAUUUUUCUGUUUCUCCACAUAUACACGAUUUCACCCAGUGAUUGUACAGUACAAAAUUGGAUCACUUUGUAUGGAUAUAAUUGACUUUGAAUUGCGGCGCUAUGACAACAUGAAAAAUGAGUUGGAAGUCCGGAAAAACCCGGAAAGUAGCAAAGAAAAACUAAAUAAAAGUUCUGAUGAUUUCCUCGAUGCAAUAAUGAAUGAAGAGAAACCGAAAGAGAUGGAACCACCACGUCGAAGGAUACCCGAGUUAAAACAACGGCCGAAAUCUGGCAAUUGGACUAACUAUCAUGGAAGCAUGACUUCGUCUCUGAUCAAAAGUCAAACGCUCAACAAUAGCUACCACGAACAAUUGUCGCAAGAGGCAUUAGACGGCAAAUCGAAUAGUUCAGAAUCAAUCAAUCGCGCUGAUCCGAAAGUGAAGAAGGAGGAAUACGACCGAUUAAAUAAACAAUUAAAAAUGUUCGCUAAGAAGCAAGAGCAACUUUUGCGGGUUGCUUUUUAUUUACUACUAAACGUGGCAGAAAAUGUGAAGCUGGAGGAAAAAAUGCGCAAAAAGAAUAUUGUAAAAAUGUUGAUAAAGGCCUUGGAACGACAAAAUAUAGAAUUGCUUGUGUUGGUAGUGACUUUCCUAAAGAAACUUUCAAUCGUUAGAGAUAACAAAGAUGAGAUGUAUGUUCUGAAUGUGAUCGAGAAGCUGCCGCGCCUCCUGCAGAGCGGCCAUCCAGACUUGAUACAAGUUACGCUCAAAUUUAUCUUUAAUCUUUCAUUUGAUGCUGGAUUGAGGUCGAAAAUGAUUCGUUUCGGAUUUAUGCCGAAGCUAGUAACGUUCUUGAGUGAUGAGAAGCAUCAUGGCAUUGUUGUAAAAAUUUUGUAUCAUAUGAGUUUGGAUGACAAGGUGAAAUCAAUGUUUACCUAUACGGAGUGUAUUCCCUUAGUGACAGAUUGCUUGAUAUUGAAUUUGAACAAAAAAGUCGAUUUAGACCUAAUCGCGCUUUGUAUAAAUUUGGCGUUGAAUAAACGCAACGCUCAAAUCAUGGUUGAACGCAAUCGAUUGCACAAUCUUAUGGAACGUGCGUUCAGAUAUCAAGAUGCACAUUUAAUGAAAAUGAUUCGAAAUAUUUCACAGCAUGAGAACCUACGAAGUCACUUUAUAGAUUUUGUGGGCGAUUUGUCAAAGAUUAUCACAAUGUGUGACGACGAAGAUUUCGUAGUGGAAUGCCUUGGAAUUUUGGGAAAUUUAUCAUUACCUGAUCUCGAUUAUUCACAAAUAUUGCAAAAGUUUGAUUUGAUCCCUUGGAUUCGAAACGUUCUGGUACCUGGGAAGCGGCGCGAUGAUUUAGUGUUGGAUGCUGUUGUGUUUCUUGGAACUUGUGCGUGCGACGAGUCAUGUGCAAUGGUGUUAUGCAAAGCAGAUGUAAUAUUAUCGUUGAUCGAAUUGCUAAAGGCUAAACAGGAGGAUGAUGAAAUCGUUCUGCAAAUUAUAUUUGUAUUUCAACAAAUUUUGAGAAAUGAAAGCACACGGAAUUAUAUGAUUAGGGAGACAGAAUCCCCUGCCUAUUUAAUAGAUUUGAUGCAUGAUAAAAAUCCAGAGAUUCGAAAGGUGUGUGACUAUUGCUUGGAUAUAAUUGCAAUCACUGAUUCGGAUUGGGCCUCUCGCAUAAAGCUCGAGAAAUUCCGAAAUCACAACGCGCAGUGGUUGAAUAUGGUUGAAUCUCAGCAAGAUCAAGAUGAUGGACAAGACUAUGGAACAUUAGAUGAUGACGAUGGAGAAUUGCCACCCUAUUUGACUUCAGACUAUCUAGAUCAAUGCGAUUUAUACAAUUGUGCAGAAGAAGCAGAGAACAUUACCAGGGGGAGUCCAGCAUCAUCAACUUAUAGUCGUCCUGUGAGCAGCUAUCGACAUAGUCAGGAUCUUGAUGAUUUGGAUGCGAUGACUUCGAGUUCCAAAUCCCAACAGUCUAGUCAAGGAGAAAAUUGUUUAUUUAAACUGAACAAAUCACUUGACACCGAGAAACUCUCAGAUGAUUUAUUGAUCACCUGAAAAAGUUUGCAAAUAUGCCUGUAAUUUUUCUUACUUUGAUGACAGACUUGGGUGGUGCUUCCUUCAAAAUUGUAGUUGAAAGGUUUUUCAUAAUUUGAACACAUUUUGAUAUUAUAUAACUUCGCUAGCCUACACUUUCAUAAAUAUGCAAAAAUCUCUAAAUAGUUUAACAAAUGUGGCGUCUCUUAUUGUCCUAUACUUUGGAUAUUAUAUUAAGUAAUGAAUUAGCUUAGUCUGCUUUGAAGAUAAGUAUGUGUGUGUCAAAUUAGAAUUCAAUAUAAGAAGCGCCACCCUAAUUGAUAUAUUUAAUCUUAAUAAUUCGUUGCUCCGAAUAAUUCAAUUGAUUAUUUAUACAUGUUUAGGGGGAAAAUAACACAAAGUGCACAUGUUGAAUGUUUUCGUUCUAGUCUACUUUCUUGUGAUAUUUUUUUUUUGUAAAGAUAAUAAAACAGCUUGUUUUGAAGAAUAUAGUAUAUCUUUUCCAAUAUCAUUUAUAUUAGAGUUAAGCGGAUUAUAUUGUGUUGAACAUUUUCAUAGUUUUCAUUUACUUAAAAAAUAUAUAAAACAAUUUAUAUUAUAAUACGUAAUAGACGCUAAUAAUGAUUUAUUUGAUAGAGCGACUCAUUCAGCGACCAUAUUUACCAUAUAUUAUUUUUUUCUUAUUUUGGGAAUUAAAAUAUAAAGAAAAAUGAAUGCAAUGAAA